AUGGCAGAAGUAGUUAUGCAAGACUCGACAUGGAAAAUCGCCAUCGAUUACGUCAACCAGAAUAAAAGCACCAGUACAAGUGAAGCCGUCUCCAACGGCGUCUGGAACGAGAUUCUUCGAAGAAACUUCCCAUUUCCAAAAUUCAUCAUCGCCCCGGAACAAAGACAGACCACAAGAAAGCGCCCUGAUCUCACAAUAUUCUUCGUGGAUAAAACCAAGAAAGAGUGGCAUCCCGUCUUCACUUUCGAAGGCAAAGCUCCUUACCAUAUCAGUAAGGACUCCACAAUCCAAGGUGGGAUUGCCCAAGCCGCUGGUUACGUCCCAAGCCUAUCAUGGUCCAACCACGAAGAGAAACACAAGAAUGAGAAAUCUACGCAUGGGAUGUUUGCUUGCGGCAAGAGCUUCAUGAUCCUAAAAUAUGACGUCGACAAUAAAACAGUAUCCCGAGUCGUUCCCCAAAAGGAAGAGGAGACAAGUGAUGAUCUCGAGACGUGUUCGUCUCUCGAUCAAGACGCAAAGGGGUUUGAUGCCUUCUGCAAACGCAUUGCAGACUCGUUCCACUGA